CCAGGACCAUUCUUCCGUCCCGUCCCGUUAGCGGGGGGGUCCGCACAGGUUCCGUGCCUCCCUCAUGGCCCCGCCGUGUGUCCGGGCUGACUGGGGCUUGUCCCCACCUUCCGCAGGUGGCCCCGGCAGCGGCCGGGCGGUCUCUCACGCUAGCGAGGAGGAGACCGGCAGCGAGGUGCUGAGCCACUGCAGCAGCGCCAGCGAGGGGGGCAGCCCCGCCGAGGAGCCCACAGGGAGCGAGGCGGCGGGGGAGCAAGCGCAGGAGGAAGAGGUGGAGGACAGGCUGAAGGAGCACAUGGACAGCCUCCUGGACAAGAGCGCCAAGACGCGGCUGGCGGCACUGCAGAGCUUGCGCCUGGCCUUCUGCUCCAGAACCCUCUCCGAGUUCCUGCUGGAGCGCCGCCUCACGCUCGCUGACUCGCUGGAGAAGUGCCUCAAGAAAGGUAAAGGGGAAGAACAGGCGCUGGCAGGCACCGUCCUCACCCUCCUCUGCCUCCAGAUGGGCUCUGGCCCGGAGGGGGAAGAGGUGUUUCGCAGCGUGAAGCCCCUGCUCAUCAGUGUCCUGACAGACAGCAUGGCCAGCCCUGGCGCUCGGCAGAGUUGUGCCACAGCCUUGGGUAUGUGCUGCUACAUUGCUGCUGCUGAUCUCGAGGACCUGGUCUCAUGCCUGUCCUGCUUGGAGAGCAUCUUCAGUCCCCCCAGCUCAUCUGAGGAGGGCUCGGCACCCUCCCAGGAUGGCCCUCUGCACUGCAGCGCGCUCCAGUCAUGGUCCCUGCUCCUCACCAUCUGCCCCCCAUCCCACAUCAAGAGCAUCUUGGACAAUGGCUGGCUGAGGCUGCCCCUGCUGCUGGCCAGCAGCAAUGUUGCGCUGCGCAUCCUGGCUGGGGAGACUGUCGCGCUGGUCUUCGAGCUGGCUCAGGACAUGGAGGUGGAUUUGUGCCACCAAGAUACGGUGUUCCUGUGUGCCCAGCUCAAGGUGCUGGCUACUGAGAGCAAAAAGUAUCGAGCCAAGAUGGACCGACGGAAGCAGCGCUCCAUCUUCCGGGACGUUCUGCACUUCAUUGAGAGCGGGGAGUACCAGGAGGAGACCAUCCGUUUUGGCCUGGAGUGCAUGUACGUGGAUAGCUGGGCAUGCCAGCGCACCUACCAAGCCUUCAAAGAGGUGCUGUCCUCUGGCAUCUGCCACCACCUCCAGAACAAUGAGCUGCUACGGGAGAUCUUCGGCCUUGGGCCCCCCUUGGUGCUGGAUGCACCUGCUCUGAAAGCCAGCAAGGUCUCCCGCUUCGAGAAGCACUUCUACAACUCGGCUGCCUUCAAAGCCCGCACGAAAGCCCGGAGCCGGGUGCGGGACAAGCGGACGGAUGUGCUGUGACGGGCAGAGGGGGCAGAGGCCUUAGCCCACUUGGACUGCAGACCCAGCACUGUGAGGGGCCGGCGGGCCUAGCCCUCAGGCUUUUAUUCAUGUACAGCAAAGUAUUUGGAGCUGCCCCAACGGGGGCUGCCCCCUCUUUUAUUUUUUUAAACCAAAGCAAAAAGAAGGAUCAAAGAAGAGCGGGGGGAGGUGGUGGCAUGCUGCUGUGUGCCUGCUCUGUGGCUGGGGCUCUGUGUGCCAUGGUGGAGGGGGUCU